AUGGACGAGUUGAAACCAACCCCAGCCAACUCAUCACCUCUCACCCCACUCCUCUUCCUCGACCGAGCCGCCACUGUCUACGGUGACUGUCCUUCCCUCAUCUACGACAACACCACCUACACAUGGAGCCAGACCCACCGCUGAUGCCUCUGUGUGGCCUCCUCCAUCUCCUCCCUCAGCAUCCACCGCGGCCACGCUGUCUCCGUCCUCUCCCCCAACACUCCCGCCAUGUACGAACUCCACUUCACCGUCCUUUUCUCCAGCGCCAUCCUCAACACCAUCAACACCCGCCUCGACACCCGCACCGUCUCCCUCCUCCUCCGCCACAGCCAAUCAAAACUCCUCUUGCUCGACCACUCCCUCACCUCCCUCAUCCUCGAUGUCGUCUCCCUCUACCUCCUAACACCCCCGCCCCCCCUCCUCGUCCUCAUCGCCGACGAUGCACCCUCACCUGAUUACUCCUCCACCUUCUGCGCCACCUAUGAAAAACUGGUCGAACGCGGCGUGGAGUUCAAGUGGGACCUACCGAACAGCGAGUGGGACCCGAUGGCGCUGAACUACACUUUCGGCACCACAUCCUCGCCGAAAGGAGUGGUGCACUGCCACAGGGGGAUGUUCAUCGUCACCGUCAACUCUCUCCUUGACUGGCCCGUACCCAAGAAACCUAUCUAUCUCUGGACACUUCCGAUGUUCCACGCCAACGGCUGGAACUACCCGUACGGGAUCGCAGCCGUGGGUGGGACCAACGUCUGCGUCCGCAAGUUUGAUGCACAUGUCAUUUAUGACCUGAUCACACGACACAACAUCACCCACAUGUGCGGCGUGCCAGUGGUCCUCAACAUGUUGACAAACAUACCCAACAUGGAGCCGUUGAGAAAGCCGGUUCAGAUCAUGACCGCCGGAGUUCUGCCCCCCGCAACGGUGCUGUCACGAACGGAGGCGCUGGGGUUCAUGGUGAGCCAUAGCUAUGGGGUGACGGAGACGGCGGGGAUGGUGGUAUCGUGCGCGUGGAAGCCUGAGUGGAAUAUGUUUCCGGCGACGGAGAGGGCUAGGCUGAAGUCGAGGCAGGAAGUAAGGAUGGUGGCGAUGACACGCGUCGACAUGGUCGACCUAGAUACGGGUAAGCCGGUGAAACACGACGGCACGUCGCUUGGGGAAGUGGUGUUGAGAGGCGGGUGUGUUAUGUUGGGUUACCUAAAAGACCCAAAAGGCACGGCGAGUUGCAUGAGAGACGGGUGGUUUUACACCGGCGACAUGGCGGUGAUGCACUCAUACGGGUAUCUAGAGAUAAAGGACCGAUCAAAGGAUGUGAUCAUAAGCGGGGGAGAGAACCUGAGUAGCGUGGAGGUGGAGUCUGUUCUCUACACCAACCCCGCCGUGAACGAAGCGGCUAUGGUGGCGAGACCGGAUGAGUGAGGGGAGACACCGUGCGCAUUUGUGAGCCCGAAAGCUGACGUGAGGCUGACAGAGAAGGAGAUAAUGGAGUAUUGUAGAGGGAAGUUGUCGAGUUUCAUGGUGCCGAAGACGGUGGUGUUUAAGGAGGAGCUGCCGAAGACGCAGACGGGGAAGAUUCAGAAAUUUGUGCUGAGAGAGAUGGCCAAGGAGUUGGGGUCCACAAGGCUGAGUAGGAUGUAA